AAUUCCGUACUCUGGACCAUCGGGGGUUAUUUUUAGAGGCGCUAGUGUUGGGCCCGAUCCAUUCAUCAGGUAUCUGUGUGAGGGACCAAACAAGUGUGGAGUGCCUGUGAAUUUUUUUAGGUAUAGCAAGGAUGAACUUGAAAUAUUCCGUCUACAUCGUAAUGAUACUAUACAGUAACGAACACUUAGUAUAUGGCGAUGUCAAGAUCUACAGUAUAAACGAUGAAGUAUUAAGUUGUAGUGGAUGGCUGUCCACUAUUAUAUUUAAUUUUUGUAAUAAUACGUAUAAAAUAGUCAAGAGGGACACCUCGUUAAUGAUAGAAAAAAUGGCACCUAAAGACUUACAAAAAGACACAAGUAGGAGGCGACUGGUCGACGGAGAGAGGUGGCACCGGGUGCGAAGGCAGGUGGCCUCACAGUGUUGUCUCCACCCAUGCACGGUAGCCGAUAUCAUAAUGUACUGUCCCAACGAUGCGAAACUGCUGCAAGAAAACCCAGAUAUAUUCGAUUAAAGCCACGACUUAGGCCCAAUGACACUGACAGUUAAAACGUCAUUUUGCAUAAAGGAACCCUUUACUUUGA